CCGCGACCCAUCAGGGGUCGCGGGUACCCAUCGAUGAACGUCGUAUCUUUAUCUGAAGAUUAAGUACCUGAUAGCCAUGACCCUGUCUACGGAGUACCUUUGUCCCUGGUGGAUAGAUCUCGGUCAAAUACUGAUGCGUAAUUAUUAACUGCCUCAGUACAUAGGAGGAAGAAGAUCUGACGUUUCUUCUCACCCCUUUCGCUUCUACAAUUCCUUUGUCACUCCCCAUUUUCCCUUCCCGGUGUGACCGAGCCAGAGUCGAUCUGUGCCCAAUCCAUUUGCCACAAAGUCACAGAGGCGACAGCCCACCAAUAUCCAUUAUGACUACAACGCUUUUCUUUCCUCUAAGCCGUGAGCGUCAAUAUUUAACAGAAACCGGACGUUCUUCGCUAUCCUCUCCAGCAAGUUCACGAAGGAAUAGCAUUUCAUCCAUUACGUCUCACAAGUCGGAGCCUGCCUGGAUGACGUCCAGAAGCGGCGAGGACCGUAGCCGCACAAACUCGGUCACGAGCCGGUCAUCCAGCACCUCGACCAAGUCAACCAGUGGGCUAAGUAAAUUGUUUGGAAGGAACAAGGGCGACAAGAAGAAGGAAAAAAAAGACGUGGAGCGCAUCGUCAUCACCUCACGACACGCUGCUGCGGUCAAGGCCAAACUGGCCAAUGACCCCCAUAUACAAAAAGUGAGGCAGAAGGCUCCCUGUGCGCCUUUGAUGACGGGCACACAGAAGUCUAGCCAUUUGACGGCCAUGGAGCAACAAUUGCGGCAUCCGCACUCGGGGCCUCCGUCAGUAACCGCCGUACGAUGCGUAGAGGCCGACAUGCCGGCCCUGGCGCGGAUUGUCAGCGGUGACGAAGCCGACGAGCCGGAUCACUGGGAGAAAAUGAGAAACGAAUGGCGAGCCCAUCAAUCACCAGGCAUAGAGAUGAUGCAGGUGUUGGAAGGUGAGGCAUUGGACAUCAGUUCCAUGCAUGGGUCGUCCACCUCCACCUCCGUGAGCGAGGAUGGUCAAGAGUUCCGACUUGUUUCGAAAGAAGUGAUAGACAAGGACGGUGUCACUGUGACGAUGGUCACCGAGCCCAUGUCCCCAGCUGCUUCUCUUAGACCCCGACCUCAGCGACUACAUACGCCCAUCGGAUCGAGAUGGAGAAAGGACGAGAACGGGGUUUGGAAGAGAUGAGAAAUAUCAUGAUACAUAUGCUUUCACCAAUCAAUCCGACCAGGUCUACCCGAGGUCCGAUAUCAUCCCAACAUGCGGCAUGCCCUCUAUUGGUUUUCCUCACAGCUUAGACGGGGCACAUCUUUCGUCUAGUGCAAGCUGUGAGAAUAUACUCAACACCAAGCGCUACGCACAGGGCAACCCAAGGCACAAUGACCCCGGCUGCCGCGCAUCCAGGACACUCAAUGGUCGCCACAGCCAUCCCUGCUCGUCGGGCCUCCGACCUCGUUGUCAGCUGGAACAAAACCAGACGCAAGAGAGCACGGCUGAGCGCCGUUGGGAAUCUCGAUACCCUCUCGGGCGACAAAGACCGAAUUUGGAGAUUUUGUUCAAAUGAACGCUCAUUAUGACACGACCUCAGCUUCACGAUUACAUAGCCAGUGGCUAUAUGGAAAAUUUCUAGCACACAUAUUAUAGUAUUGGAUACCUGGGUAUCUUUUAAAUUGGUUGCCCACUACAUAAAUCACAAUGCGUCUUCUUGCUCGCUCGCA